AAGCCGAUUGAGCGCCGGGACGGCCGGCCGAGAAAGCCUGCGUGGGUCUGUGGCGCUCACGGGGCUGCGGGUCCUCCGGAGCUAGCCUGCCUCCACUGCGACCUUCGCUCACACACACAUUGCUUUCCGCGGCCACUCGGGAGACGGAGACGCAGCCUCAGAGUCGCCGGAGCGCUUCUGUUGGGUCAGCAGCGCAACGGGCUUGCCGCGGCGCGUCACCGGCGCUUCCUGGCCUGUAGGGCGUACGCCCGGCGGGCCGAGCUUCCGCCCCUGCCCCCCGGCUGGCCCGGGGGUCCGGGUACCGCCUGGACGGCUGCUCCGCCGGGCCUGCUGACCGGGCCGCAGCCCGUGUCCGGAGCGGACGGCGUCAUGAGGCACCUGCCUUACUUCUGUCGCGGUCAAGUGGUGCGGGGCUUCGGCCGCGGCUCCAAGCAGCUAGGCAUCCCCACGGCUAACUUUCCUGAACAAGUAGUAGAUAACCUUCCAGCUGAUGUAUCCACUGGCAUUUAUUAUGGUUGGGCCAGUGUUGGAAGUGGAGAUGUCCAUAAGAUGGUGGUGAGCAUAGGCUGGAACCCAUACUACAAGAAUACGAAGAAGUCCAUGGAAACUCAUAUCAUGCAUACCUUCAAAGAGGACUUCUAUGGGGAAAUCCUCAAUGUGGCCAUUGUUGGCUACCUCAGACCAGAAAAGAACUUUGAUUCUUUAGAGUCACUUAUUUCAGCAAUUCAAGGUGAUAUUGAGGAAGCUAAGAAACGACUAGAUUUACCAGAACAUUUGAAACUCAAAGAAGACAAUUUCUUCCAGGUUUCUAAGAGUAAUAUAAUGAAUGGCCACUGAUGAAAAGUCACCUUAUUUAUUCAUUCACUGUUUUCUAAUAUUUUGAUGCCCACAACUGUGCAGCCUCAUCUUGGUUAUAUUUUAAAAAUCAAACAUUUUCCUACAGCUGUGAAUUAGUUUAAAUAGUACAAUGUAGUUACCUUAUUAUACUUCAGCUGUUCAAUUAAACCCAUCAUGCUACAGUACUAAAAAGAUUCAUUUUAAAAAUCAAGAUUCUUUUUAUGUAACAUGUUGAUUAAAAUUUACCACUAGAAAGGUCUUAAGUGUCUUGUAAUGGAAAUGAAAUGUGUAUAGCUAUGGGUAAAAAGCAAGUCACUAGUUUGAGAUCAAAACAGUUCUCAUGGUAAAGUACUAGUAUGUAUGUAUUUAUACAGCAUGUGCUGCUAAACAGAAGGCUUAUAAAGGUAAAUGCAUUAAAUAGAGCUUUGAUAGUUUAUAUAAACCUAACGGGCAAAAGUCAUACUUUGUAUUUUUGAUAUUUUGUGCAUUAAUAUAUUACAAACAUGAAAACUUGUGUAAUUUUCUUUAGUCAUUUUCUUUAUGAGAUCAAAUCACUGUAUUGUGUUCAUUUUUGUUAUAGCUGCCUUUGUUCUAAUUGGUCUAGAGUCUAUCUGCCUAUGUUUUUUUGUCUAUCUUUUAAAACAUUAAAGUGAAUGUUUUUCAGAUAUCUAGGUCUCAUUUUUGCUUUGUAUAACUCUACCUUCUUUUUAAGAGUAGAUAUUCAAUAUUUUUUUUUGCCCAUGGUUCUUUUUUCCUUUAAACAAUUGUCAGUGUCAGGUUUUCCAUUUAGAAUAUCCUAUGACUUAACAAAGGAUUGCAUCUGUCUACCAUUUCAUAUUUUGUCCCUUCACUGUAUGAAAAGUGAUUAUGUGCAUAUCUGUAUUGCAUUUUAGAAAAACCCGAAAGCUUCAUAUUUAGGUUUCCUCAAAGUUUUUAGUUCAUUUAUAUGUACGUAUCGGUUUCUUAAAGAACACAGAAUGCUUGUUUUCCCCAGUAGGGAAACUAUUUAAGAGCCAAUUAAACUAUAAAAUAGAAAGUUAUUUAUUUUUAAUGUAAUUCUAUGUUCCUGAAAACAGACUGUUGUGAAUGUGUAUGCACAAUGUAAUUUAAUGAUAAGAGUGCUUGUAGCUUCAUGACAGCUAAGAAGGGAUUUUUGGCCACUUGAGACUUCUGUUUAUAUUGACAGAAAGUUAAAAUCUUUGGAUACUUAGAAAGUUAAGAUUACAGAUUGUUUGGACCCCUGAAACAGCACAUUGCUUUAUUCACUUUGGCACCAGAUUUGGUAGGGGGUUGGAGGCAGAGGUAUAUAGGAGGUAAUUUUAAAGAUAAUUUGUUAUAAAUCAUUUUUCUCUAAUUUGCGCAAAUAAAGAACUGAUUUUAACAAAAGUA